ACUCAAAGCGUAAGACGCUGCGACUACGGCGACACGUGUGCUUAGCUAGUCUAGGGUUGUAAACCCCGUAACUCACGAAGUGUGAUAUUUAGUGCUAUUGUGACAUAAGAAAAUGUGUGUUGGAAAAGUGGUGCAUUGUAACAACGACGUAGAAAAUUACAUCUGGAGGAAGAAACAGCCAAUAAAGGACCGACUGAAGAAAAAUGAAUUUCAAUAUACAGAGGAUAUUUUGGCUGUGAUCACUCGUUACACUAAGACUAUCUUAUUUGGUAUUAGUGAAAUUCAUGUAAAAUUUUGUGAUACAGUUUUUUAUAGAAUUCUAACCAAAACAACACAACCAGCUCAUUUAAUAACGGCAGUUGCUGUCAUACUUCUGGCAUUUCUGGUGAUGCCCAACAGACAACCGCAUGAAACUCAGCUCUCUCCAGUAGUAACGCUGAUUUAUUUAGCUUCAUUUAGUGCCCAUUUCGGUGCGCAAAUUUGGAUGACUUUUAUAUCAGGAUUGGCAUUGUAUUUUUCACUCCCCCGCCAUACCUUUGGACAUGUGCAAAAGGUUUUAUUUCCUAAGUACUUUUUGUUAAAUGCGACACUAAGUCUGAUCACUCUAGUCGUUUUCUUACGAAGUAAUAACAAAAAUCUUGCUGUUACGGAAAUAUUAAUACAGGCUAUCGGAAUGUCGGUGUGUUUUUUAACGCAGUUGGUCAUUCGCUUGUAUCUUACUCCACCACUUUUAGUAUUAAUAUCAGAGAAAAAUGAAAUAGAAAAGUCUGUCGGAGUAGGUCUGGAAGUUGGAAAACUGGAUCCUGGGAAAUUGAAAAAUUGUCAAAAUUACUUAAAAGUUCAUCAAAAAUUUAGAAAAAUUCACAUGUCAAUAGCGAUAGGAAACCUGAUAGCGAUGGCUUGCACAAUGUUACAUCUAUAUUAUUUAUCUCAAAAACUAACGAUCACUUUGCUGUAAUUUAUUUAUUUAAUUUUAUUUAUUAUAUCAUUUCUAUCAUUCAAUAUUUUCAUAUAUACUUCAUGUUCGUUGUCACCAAAUCAUCUUUGCGGAAUCUCUUGGUGAUAAUACCAGUAUUAUUUAUUAUGUUCCUAAACAAUAAAAUAUAUUUUUUGUUAUUGUGUUAUUUUGAAUUUUUUAAAUUUUUAACUUAUAAGGUGAGCCAAAACUUAUCUUAAUAAUUCACACUUGUUUGCGAAAUAUUAAGUUAAAUGCAUUAUUAUUAUUAUUAUUAUUAUUUAUUAAUUGUACCUCAUCUAUAUAUUCAAAUGUUUCACUAUAAUAAUGUAUUAACAUUAAUCAGGGUAAGAUGAUGGUUUUCAGAAGAGUUAUGGAGUAAAACCACAGUUUGUCUAAUAUUCAAAAAUUCUCAUUUUUAUAUGAUUUCGAAUAUCGGAAAUACACUCAUCACUUGUGAGCAAUACUUGUAUAAAAAUGUUUGAAAAAGACUGAUUUUGGGGUACUUUUUGUACUACUUGUAAAAAGUCUAAGUGCCUGCUACUAUUUUCAAAUGAGCUUCAAGAGUUGAAACUUCUUUGAAAGUGCGUAAAAUAUUUUUGUAAGCUUCAAGCAUUAGUUCUAUAAAUUUAAUUUGAUAGUGCUUGAAACAUUGACUGAUCUUGCAGACUGUGAAUUUUCGACGACUAUAAUAAUAAAUUUAUUUGUAUGUAUCGUUUCUGAAAAUUAUAUCUAGAAAGUAUCCGCUACUUUUAUAAUUUUUAAAUAAAAAAUUAUUCGUGUCAUAGGAUUAA